AUGACAACGUUACUCGACCUGCCCACAGAGCUGGUCUACAAGAUCCUCUCCGAGCUAACGGAACCCAAUCCGGGGCCAUACCGGUUUCGCUUCGAAGAUGCCAAGCCAUCCUUCAGCACCGAGCGCGUCAAUCAGAGUUUGUCGACAAUGGCCAAAGUCUGUCGCACAUCGCGCACACUUCGCGACCUCAUUGAGCCACUGCUCUAUGAGUUCGUCUACAUUCCCGACGCAACCGCGAAGCCACUUCUGUCGCUUUUGAAAUGCUGGAAAUCUCGGCCUCACUGUGCUGGAUACACAAGACGAUUCACGGCAGAGACGAAGUGGGCUGCUGGAGGAACACCUCCUCAAGUCAUUGACAAGGAAGAUGUCGCAUUUGUCUCUGAGAUAGCGGAGCAACUCAAAGUCUACUUGCGUGGGACUUGGCACGAGUAUACCUGGAAUACAGACAUUCUCAUCGAGCUCGCAAUGUUUCAGGCGCACCGCAUCCAGAGUAUUGAGCUGGAAUUUUGCCAGCGCAGGGGAAUCUACCGCCCAGCGUUCGAGAGCCUUCUUCCCGAACUUGGCAAUACGACACACAUUAGCUUCCCAGGCCUCGACUAUCUCUACGUCUUACAGGCAGGGUUGAGAGCAGGCGAGCUCGAUCAUGUGCUAGAGCGGGCGCCAAAUCUCACCAAACUCCGCCUCUUCAUGUGCGAUUUCAACUAUCCGAGCCAGACUCUGCCUGCCAAUCUCACAAGCCUGUGCAUCUUUCAAUGCGUAAUCACGCCCUCUCGUCUAGAGACCAUCAUUUCAAGUAUGGAAAAGUUGAGUCGGCUGGAGUGCACUAUCUGGCGCGGCCAGCCAGAGGAUUUGGCUAGGGUUAUCACUUCUCUAUCGAAGCACGCAAAGACGUUGAAGAGUCUCACAGUGUCUUUCAGAUGGAAUCGAAGGCCUGGAAGUUCGAGAGUGAAGGUGCCCUUAGAGGCGCUCACCAGCCUUGAGUCACUGACCACUGACGUUCAAAGUUUUGGUUUUGGAGGCACAGGUUUGAUACAAUCCCUGCCCGCAUCUAUACAGAAGCUGCGCAUCAUCAGAUCACUGGAAACAACGAAAGAUGAGCUGGCUUGUUUCUACACCGAGCUUUGCGCGGCACGGACGCGCGGGAUGGAAAACCUAAGAGUUCUAUUGUCGGGGCCUGAAUAUUGGGAAGAGCUAGACAGCGAUCACGACACUGUCUUUGACGGUUCGAUGCUUUUCUGA